GGGUAACGCCCCCUAUGAUCCGGGUAACGCCCCCUCUGUGCGCCUGCAGGCUGAAUGAAGUGUCAGGGCGCGUGUAUGAAAGUCAGAGGAGCUUUCAUUCUGAGUCAUCUCUGUUUACCUCCUCCACUCCGAUGUCUUUCCAGACCAAAGCGCUCGUUUCUGCCCGGUGGCUCUCCGAGGCGCUGCGGGCGCGCGGCUCCGCCGUGCGCGUGCUGGACGCCUCGUGGUUCCUGCCGAAACAUGGCCGAGAUGCCAAGAGCGAGUUCAGAUCCCGCCACAUCCCCGGCGCCUCCUUCUUCGACCUGGACAGAUGCAGCGACCGCAGCUCGCCGAUGGACCACAUGCUGCCUCCGGCCUUCGCCUUCGCCGAGUUCGCGAGCAGGCUGGGCGUGGCCCCCGGCUCUCACGUGGUCGUGUACGACCGCAGCGAGCACGGCGCCUUCUCGUCCCCGCGCGCCUGGUGGAUGUUCCGCGUGUUCGGCCACUCGGACGUGUCCGUGCUGGACGGCGGUCUGCACGCCUGGAUCAGAGACGGACAGCCGGUGGAGGAGGGCAAGGCCCGGAAGCACGAGCCCACAGAGUUCACCGCCACGCUUAACCGCGCGUGGGUCAAGACGUACCAGGACAUCCUGGACAACGUGGAGACCAAGGAGUUCCAGCUGGUGGACGCGCGGCCUGCCGGGAGAUUCAGAGGAACGGACCCGGAGCCCAGAGACAACACUGAACCCGGCCACAUCCCCGGUUCCAUCAACAUCCCUUUCACCACUUUCCUGGCUCCCUCUGGGCUGUUUCUUUCUCCGGAUCAGCUGAGGGCCGUGUUCCAGCAGGCCGGAGUAGACCUGCAGUGGCCGCUGUGCGUGACCUGUGGCUCGGCCAUCACCGCGUGCCUCGCUGCCCUGGCAGCCCACCAGUGCGGCCAUUCAGACAUUUCGGUGUAUGACGGAGGCUGGAUGGAGUGGUACACACGAGCCACACCUGAGCUUGUGAUCUCAGAGGGUCGAGGGAAACACCUGUGAUGGACUGAGAGAAGAGCUCAGUGGGAGCUCAAUUGAUAUCUCAGUUUACUGCUUUUCUACAAAUGAGGUGCUGGUGCUGAUACCAAGGAAACGGUUUUAGGUGACAGUUCGGCCAAAGGUCGAAUUUGUACAGUUGACCCCAAAUAUAGUUGAUCAACUGAGAUGUGUUUGGUGUCAGACGCUUAGCAUGUAACACGUAGAGGUCAUAACACUGGGUUCAAACUGUGUUGAGUUGCUAAGUAAUCACAGAUAGACAUAUGUAUAAGGUUUCUGACACUGUGUGAGAUAUAAAAAUGGACAAAAUAUCAACACAACUCAGACUUCAACAUGGAUGCUACUGCUGUUUUUAGCUAUGCCGUGUACUUUUUGCUAAAAGCAAAGCAAAAGAAGCAAACUUCAGACACCAAACACGUCUUGGCUGGUUGAAAAAUUGUGUAAAUAUGAUUUCUGGCGGAACUUUUCCUUUAAGAACCAGGUAAGCAUUGGUGUGAAGUUUGGCCUUUCCAGCCAGAUGAUGGCUCAUGAAAACCUUGAAACUCGCCUCUUUUACACAACCUGAAAGCUCAUUCCUUCUUCUUUGUGUCUUCUAAGCAUUUACAAGCUCUAGAAGCUAAGAAGAGCUCUGAAGACCAAACGUUGCAGCCGUUAGACCAAAAAAUAGUUUUGUUUGUGGAUGACUGUUUAGAUGGAGCUGUAGAACCCAGUGCCUUCUGCACCUCACUGCCUCCAACCUUUGGACCACAGAACAGAGAUCAGAGUGCUGUCCCUCAGUUUCUUCUGUCUUAUCUCUCUCUUUUUUCUCUGCCCCUCUGUCUAUGCCUCUCUGUAUUAAUUGUUUCAUUAACAUUCAAUUGUAAUUAAAUUAGUCUUUAUUGACAUUGAAAGCAAUGGUUCAGUAAAAGAUCAAAUUUACACAAUUCUUCCACAUCUUUCAACUCAGAUGUAACUGAUCAGCCAAAGCAUGAUUAGUGCCUAGAUUCUGAACUACGAGGUUAACGUCACUAACAAACAGUAGUAGUCAAUAGUCACCCAAAUCUUUUCUGUAAAUAGAAAUACAUAUACUUAAGUAAACGUCUCUCAACCAGCUUUAAUAAGUCUAUACAUAAUUGACAGUGUGGUUAAGGACUCAGUAUAACUUGCUGUGUACAAUAAAAAUGCACAAAACUGCACCAUGUAACUGAAUGCUGGGGGUCAUUUUAGAGAACAGGUGUUGCGCCGAAUUCCGUCCCACUCUUCACAGAUUCGCUGAUGUGUGGAUGCUGCAGAUUAUGUUCACAACUUUUAUUGUUUAUUUUAUAAUUAACUGUUGAAUCUUAAAAUGUGAAUUGAAGAUCUGUUUAUAAAUAAACCACAGAAAUGGUCAUUGAUGUCCGUAUGCCUGCCUACACAGUAAAGUUUUGUUCAUUUUUGAAGUGAACUGUAAGUCAUACUGUGUCCUAAACCACAUUAGUGAGCCUGCCCGACCUUAAUGAAGACAUGGAUGUGUUUUGAGCAGGUUUAGAAAACUUUUGGGGACGUAUUUACAGAAAGAUUUGGGUGACUAUUGAGUUCUAGUGUUUGUUAGCAACAUUAGUCUCAUAGCUCCAGGAGCGAAACUCAGCAAAAUUUGGACACCAAACACUUCUUGGCUGAUCACUUAUACCUGGAGAAAGUGGAAAAUUGUGUUAAAUCGUUUUUACACUAAAACAUUCCAACUGGAUGAAAAAGGUAAUGCCUUGAGUUCAGCUUGAUUCAGAUGUGCACAUUGUUUCCACAGGAAUGAAAUGUUUUACACCAACACAGUUUUUGCCAAAAGUAAGUAAACUGAAAGAUAAAUUUGUGUUGAUUCACUGUAUUUUAUUCCUGUGGAAUGAUGGGCACAUUCAACUCAAAGAAAUUUGAUGCAUCAAUUAUUUUCAGUGCAAUUACACUAAAUAAUGUGUGAAAUAUUAAGGAUCCUGAGAAAUUACAGGAAAAUCCUAUCAAGAAAAGGCUAUAAUCUUACAUAGUUACAUAAAACUGACUAGUCACUAAAUAGACCUUCUCAUAUGAAGAAUAAUUUGAUUAAUCCUUUUAACACAAGUUUGUCUUAAUUUAAAAUGGAAUCUGUCUGAAAGGGCCCAUAAUGUGGAAAACUGAUUUUUCUCACUUUCUUGAAAUAAGAGUUUGCUGUAGGAUGUAAACAACACUUCAAAACAAACUGUUCACUGUCCACUCCAUACAGUCCAUAUAUAGAAACUGAGCUGCAAAAACUGCCUGUUUUGAAUUCAAUGUUUCUGUGAUGUCACAGAAAUGAACACAUUUACACAUACGUCUAUUCGGUCCACAGCAGUCUAGCCCUGCCCAUUCAUGCUGAAGUUAUAAGGAGUGUUUCAGCCUGGACUGCUUUUUGAUUGAGGCGCAGUACCAGGCAACACAUCAGAAUAGAGCUUGUUUACGUUUAGGGCUUAAAGGCACAAUAACAAACCCAACCUGUUUACUUGUAAGGGACAUAGAGAGGCUGUAAAAUGAUCAGCUUAUAAUGAAUUGCCACUUCUUUUGGUACAUAAACCCUUACAAAUGUUAUAAAUGGACCUUGGAAAAAAUAAAAAGCAAGACAAAUGUAGGAAACGGGCCCUUUAAUAUCUUAAUUGUCUUAUUUGCUGCUAUUAUGUCACACCAUUUAAUCAUUUAAUAAAAAGCAACACCACCAGCUAGAUUUCAAGCCAGAAGUGUCCCAGUGUGUCAUUACACAUGACUUAGGCAUUAUAAACACUUUGUUCUGGGGUUCUUGGUAUGAAAUGAAAAUGUGCUAAUGUACUGUAUGAAUGGUGCAGUGGUGCUUUCUCCUGGGUGGUGUUGUAUAGCUGUAUCUUGAAGUGCCUUCCUACUGAGCGUUCAGUAAUUGGUGCAGCAGGACCACCCAGACCACCCCACACUACAGGGAUGAUAACAGGGUCCAGUGUAUUAUCUUCCUCAGGAACAUGUACAGGCCUUAAGAGAUACCAGCCAUUGAAAUGGGAGCACCCUGCUCACACAUACGCACACAAACACACCCAAAACAGUUUUCACCUGCAAAUGUUGCACAUGUUAUCUUGGAUACGAUUUGUGUGUUCAUGCAAACUGUUUGAAUAAAACACUUUGUAUUUAUGAA